CAUUGACGAGUGCGAGACCAUCCCUGGGGCCUGCAAGGGAACCAUGAAAUGCUUCAAUCACUACGGGGGCUAUCUGUGCCUGCCUCGCUCAGCCUCCAUUAUCACCCACAACGACGUGCCCCCCAACAACGAAGCUGACGCAAACCCCCCCCAGGUCACGCUGGAGGCCGGCUCUCAUCCACAGGUCCCCGCCGGGGGCUCCAACCCCUGUUCGCAGGGGUACAGCCUCAACCAGGAGGAGCAGUGCGUAGACAUUGACGAGUGUGAGCUGGAUAUUCACAGCUGCCAACCGAGUCAGGAGUGUGUCAAUACCGAUGGCGGGUUCAACUGCAAAUGCCCAGAGGGUUACCGCCUGGUUGGCACGGAGUGUAUCGACAUCAACGAGUGUCGCUUUCGGUACUGUCAGCAUCGGUGUGUGAAUUCCCCCGGGUCCUUCACUUGUCAGUGUGAGCCUGGUUUCACCUUGGGGAGAGAUAACCGUUCCUGUGUCGACGUGGACGAGUGUGCGAUGGGAGCGCCGUGCGAGCAACACUGCUUCAACACCUACAGCUCCUACGUGUGCCGCUGCGAGCAGGGCUACGAACUCAGUGACAACGGGCAAAGUUGCAAAGAUAUCGAUGAAUGCAGUUACUCCAAUUACUUGUGUCACUAUCAGUGUGUGAAUGAACCAGGCAGCUUCUCCUGCGUUUGCCCUGAUGGGUACCAACUGCUGGGCACCAGAAUCUGCCAAGAUGUGAACGAGUGUGAGACAGGUCAGCACCAAUGUACCGAGGAGCAGAUGUGCACCAAUGUGUAUGGCGGUUUCCGGUGUGUGCCGAAGAACCAGUGCCAGGAGCCCUAUGUGCAGGUGUCGGACAACCGCUGCGUGUGCCAUUCAGCCAGGCCAGGAUGCCAGGACAAACCCACCUCGAUUGUUUACCGCUACAUGAGCAUCACAUCAGAGAGGAGUGUCCCCUCCGACAUCUUCCAAAUUCAGGCGACCAGCAUCUAUCCCGGAGCCUACAACACCUUCCGCAUCAAAGCGGGAGAUGAGAACGGGGAUUUCUACAUCAGGCAAAUGAACAACAUCAGUGCGAUGCUGGUGCUGGCCCGGCAAAUGACAGGCCCCCAGGAUUUUGUGGUGGAUUUGGAAAUGGUGACUGUGAACCCUGUCAUGACUUACCAGUCAAGCUCCGUCCUCAGGCUGACCAUUUACGUGGGCGCCUACCCUUUCUAGGUGGGCUACCCUGACCGCUCCGGCACCCCCUGCCCCCGCCUUGCCGUCCAAGGAAUCCUCUCUCGUCUUAACGCAGACCCAAAACACGGCGUUGAAAGCGGUUUUUGCAAACAGACGUACCUUAUGUUUAAAGCCUCCGUCUCUUCUUGUUCUUCGGUGGGCGACUUGGCAGAGUUAGCACUACCCACUUCCUUCGCGGCGGCGGGAACGUGCCCCCCAGGGGGCAUUUUAAGGGGUGACGUGUUUGUCGCGAGGCCCUGUGAUACCGGACAUAACAGAAAAAAAAUAAACCCGCUCUCUGGUGAAA